AUGGCAGCCUUACGAGUCACAACUGCACAACUUUCACGCAAGGCACUGACUUCAUGCCGACCGCGCAUCUAUCUUGGGAUUCGCGCCGGCAUUCGCCCGACACUUGCGACCCGGCCCAAGUUACACGCAUACUCCACCGCGCCGGCCCAGAACCUUGCACCCAAGACCGAGCGUGGAGGAUCCAAGCUAUACAGAGAUGCGGAUGAAGCUGUUAAGGAUGUGAAGAGUGGCUCGACGAUCUUGAGUUCCGGGUUCGGACUCUGCGGUGUCGCGGAAACAUUGAUCAAUGCGAUGGGUCGACGCGGGAAAGAUCAAUUGCACUCCCUAACAGCAGUUUCGAAUAAUGCCGGUUCUGCAGGGAAAGGUGGAUUGUCGACGCUGUCGCAUAAUGGGCAGUUGGACCGGUUGAUUCUGUCAUAUCUGGGCAAUAACAAGGCCUUGGAGAAGAAAUAUUUGUCUGGGAAUAUUGCUAUUGAGCUUUGUCCCCAGGGCACUCUGGCUGAGAGGUUGAGGGCUGGUGGUGCGGGGAUUCCGGCGUUCUUUACCCCGACUGGAGUUCACACAUUCAUCCAGGAGGGAAAGAUUCCCAUUCGGAUGGAUGAGUCUGGCAAGGUCUUGGAGUCUGGCAAGCCGCGCGAGACCCGCGAGUUCAAUGGCAAACCGUAUCUGAUGGAGACUGCCUUGACUGGAGACGUGGCGAUCUUACGGGCGUGGAAGGCCGAUGAGGCUGGAAACUGUGUAUUCCGAUACACAACUAAGGCAUUCGGACCGAUCAUGGCCAAGGCUGCUACCCUGACUAUCGUGGAAGCCGAGAACAUCGUUCCUGUUGGGUCUAUUGAUCCCAAUGAUGUGGAUCUGCCUGGUAUCUUCGUGGACCGGAUUGUUCCCGCGACGGACGAAAAGCACAUUGAGAAUAAGAAGCUGCGCGAGAGUGAGGGUGCAGGUGAGGCGACGAAGGGCGAGGCUCAGAUCCAGAGAGAGCGCAUUGGUCGGCGAGCGGCGAAGGAGUUGAAGCAGGGAUACUAUGUGAACCUUGGUGUUGGUAUCCCUACACUGGCACCAUCCUUCUUGCCCGAGGAUGUCAAGGUUUGGGUUCAGUCUGAGAAUGGAAUUCUGGGAAUGGGCCCGUAUCCCACAGAGGAUGAAGUCGACCCAGAUAUCAUCAAUGCCGGCAAGGAGACCGUGACUUUGAUGCCCGGUGCCUCCACAUUCGACAGCACUGAGUCAUUCGGUAUGAUCCGCGGUGGCCAUGUGGAUGUGUCGAUUCUCGGCGCCUUGCAAGUGAGCGCCAACGGUGACCUGGCUAACUACAUGAUCCCCGGAAAGGUCUUCAAGGGUAUGGGCGGUGCCAUGGACUUGAUUUCCAACCCCGACAAGACCAAAAUUGUGGUGGCGACCAGCCAUGUCGCCAAGGAUGGAUCGCCCAAGAUCAUGCAGAGGUGCAGCCUUCCUCUGACAGGUGCUAAUGUCGUGAGCACAAUCAUCACCGAUCUGUGUGUCUUCCAGGUCAACCGAGCCACCGGCGAGCUCACCUUGACGGAACUCGCCACAGGCGUGGAAGUGGAAGACGUGCGCAGCAAGACAGACGCCAAGUUCACAAUCGCCGAGAACCUGGAACUCAUGGAGUAG